CGCGCGCCGGGCCUGUGUCGCUACCGCGGGCAACUUCGCAACUUCAACGAGUACACUUUUCGUUUGUUUUGUGGAACGAGCUACAGAUUAAUUUCCAGUGUUUUACUUGGACAAAGUUUAUUGAAACUUUACCGCAGUUCUAUUUGUGGAAUCGUCUAACGCUAAUACUUAAUCUGAAAGGUUUUAUGUGAAAAACUCGUUAUGUGUUCGGUGAAAAGGACGUAACGUGGCUGUAAAUUUUACGUAUACAUGAACAGUCAGAUGAUUUUUGAAAAGAUAUUUUCAUCACGGCUCAGGCGGAACAGCAGAACACCAUAAACAUGACACGGGCUUGUAACAGUGGCCAGCAUCGAAGAGUAACACGCUGAGCAUCAUGGCGCGCGUGCGGGGCGGGCCGCUCUCACGGCUUCUCAUUUUGGCCGUGCUACAUGUUAAUUUUAUCGCCCUAGGUCUGGAACCGGACUUCUUGUUCCCUCUGGAGAAUGUGACCAUCGCCCAAGGAAGAGACGCAACGUUCACCUGCGUGGUUAAUAACCUCGGUGGUUACAGGGUGAGUGGCGACUCCGCCACUGCCAGGGUAGCGUGGAUCAAGGCGGAUACAAAGGCAAUUUUAGCUAUACACGAGCACGUGAUCACGAACAAUGCGAGGUUGAGCGUCACCCACAACGACUACAAUACCUGGACACUCAACAUUCGCGGAGUGAAGCGGGAGGACAGAGGACAGUACAUGUGCCAAGUUAAUACAGAUCCAAUGAAAAUGCAGACAGCGUUUCUAGAAGUAGUAAUACCGCCCGACAUCAUUUAUGAGGAGACGUCUGGAGACAUGAUGGUGCCUGAGGGCGGUUCUGCUAAGUUAGUGUGUAAGGCUAGAGGAUACCCACCACCGAAGAUAGUAUGGCGGAGAGAAGAUGGAGGCGAUCUCAUUUCUAGAGGUGGACCGCAAGGAAAAACUAAAGUAAUGUCGCUGGAGGGCGAGAUUGUGAACCUGACGAAAGUGACUCGCUCGGAGAUGGGAGCGUAUCUAUGCAUCGCGGCAAAUGGCGUGCCGCCGUCCGUUAGCAAGAGGAUAAUGCUCCACGUGCACUUCCAUCCAUUAGUGCAAGUACCAAAUCAGCUUGUGGGAGCUCCCACGGGCACGGAUGUAACACUGCAGUGCCACGUCGAAGCCUCACCAAAAGCUAUCAAUUAUUGGACAAGAGAAAACGGUGAGAUGAUCAUAACAAACGACAAAUAUCAAAUGAGCGAGAUCAACAGUUCAGCGUACAGCGUGCAGAUGCGACUCAUAGUUCGCAACAUACAAGACACCGAUAUGGGCGGCUACAAGUGCAUUUCCAAGAACUCCAUAGGAGACGCUGAAGGAACUAUCAGGUUAUAUAAAAUGGAACUACCAUAUCUCAAGUCAAGAGUCGAAGACACGGAAACAAAUUACGUAGAGACAAACGACGUUCGGUCCAGUCUCCAAGGCCCGCUGCGGGAAGGCGGUCACCGGGCCGAAGACGCGGACUUCUUGGGCGGCCGCCCCUCGCCCGCCGCCUCGUACCGCGCCACUCCACAUGCAAUCUUUUUAAUAUCUGCCGUAGCCUUUGUGUGCUAAACUUUUCUAAACAACUUAAUGCUACAUCGAACGAAAUUUCAGCAUAAUAUAUCCCAAACUUAUUUUCGUCGCUAUUUGGGUAAAACCAAACAUGUUUUUCAUACGCGACACGUAACGAAUUUAAAACAUCUUCUUGUUUAACUGUAUAAUAUAAAGUAAUCGUGCAUAGCCGUUUAUGUAUGUGUGAUGUACAAUAUAAUUAUGACUAAGCUCGUGUGCUUGUAAAAAUAAAAUGUGCCAGUGUAAAUGGUUAAAUUUAAUAUAAAUAAUGAAGACAUUGAAUCAUUUAAGAAACGAGCUGUUAGCAAUGUAAAAUGCUUAGUAUAUGUUGUGCAGUUUAAAAAGGAAGCCGUAUUACUAUCGUCGAUAAUAUAAUAAUUUUGACUCAGAACAAUAUCGUUAGGCGCAUAGAAUGCCCUGAACAGAUUAAAUCCAUAACAUAUUAUUAUAGUUUCAACCUGCUUGCAUAUUUAUUUUAUUGUAAAAUUAUAUGUGGAUUAAUAUUAAUGUAUUUGCAAAUGAUAUUAUUUAAAUAUUUGUUUCUUCUAAUUCAUUUAUUAUCGUGCUUGUAAAUAAUUAUGUAGAGUCACGUUAUAUUGUGUAAACUAUGUUUAAUAAAUGCCUAAUUAAUUAUAAAUCAAGUUAUAUUUGGAACAAUAUUAAGUUUUAAAAUAGAUUUUGCAUGUACCUAUAGGUAUAUAUACAAUUUAAUACUGUAUAUUGAAUAUAAUAAAUCAAAUAAUAGAGCAACAUGUAUUUUAUUGUUAUAGUUAUUGUUGUUGAAUGAUGAACCGUCACCAGUAAACAAAAACCUUACCGUUAGUAGAUUUAGUUGAAACGAGAGUCCUAAUUUAUUAAUUUAACGAAAAUACUACAAAAAUAUCCAUUCAUUUUUAAAAAAAACAUGUGUAUAUUUUUUACAUUCAUUUGCCUUAUUUGAUUAAAAUUUUACCACUCAACAAGCAAGAUAAGAUUGUGAUAGAUUUUUCACACAGUGGACUAUUUAAUGUUAUUUUUUCAGUGUGUCAUGUUUCUUUUUGUGUUUCCUUUAAUAAUUUAGGACUCUUAUUAUAGAUGUCUGUUAUGUACACUACCUGUCUAUACAUUCCUUUUCUAUUUAUUUAAUGUCAUCAGCCACUUUGUAUAACGACCUUGUAACGAGUGUAUAAUAAUGCCUGCGAAGUAUAAAAUAUAAAUGAUAUACAUACGU